UCUGCCUGUCUUCCUGAGCUCCCAGCACUCCUAGGGAGAGCGUAUCAUCAACUGUUUUCUCAUUUCCAUCCUUUUGGACAAUUCUAAACUAUGCAAACAACUAAGAAGCUGCUGCACUUCUUGAGAGGAAACAAAUAUUUCCUUGAUCCCUUUCCGAGUCCACGGAUUUAGACGGAGUCACGGAUUUAACAUGAGCGCCACAUCCUGGAGGAGCAUUUUCUUCUCUGUUCUGCUGAGCUCAUUCAUCACCUUUUUGGGCAGACCUACAGAUGCAGCUCUGGAGGGAUCCUCAAUGGGCUUCAUGGAUCUGCCUCAGACAAAGGUUGGGUUUCCACGCAUCACUCAUGUGUCUGACGUGAAGGCGUUCGUUGAAGACCACGCAGCAGCUUCUCGACGGAAAAGGAACAUUUUUUACCAGAAUGGACUUAGGCUGUGUGGACAAGAAACUGCGGAGCAGGUCGUUUCCAACCACCUAAACUACUUUUAUCUCCGAGUCUGCCAGGAAACUGUUUGGGAGGCUUUCAAAAUCUUCUGGGAUCGUCUCCCUGAGCAAGAAGAGUAUCAAAGCUGGAUGAACCAAUGCCGGGAAGGAACAGCCACCACACUGAUCAUUGGAAGCUUUUUUAGCCAAUCAGAGGAGCAUCAGGCUCUGGUUAAAGAGCGAUUGUCACACAUGAAUUUUAAAAGUGAGCCCACCAGGUCGUGGCAGCAUAUGUGCAGCACGCCCCCACCGCCGAGGUCAGAGGCCACCAAAGCUCCCGAGUUAGACAAAAGAAAAGAAGAAGAGGAGGAGGCAGCCACCACUUCAGGAAAAGUGGAGGAAAGUCCACUGCUGAAUGAAAUCACUGUGCAGCCUACUGCAGCUCCCACGCUGGAGCAGGUGGUGGAGCUGAGCAUCCUCCUGACUGGAGAGAUGUUCAGCGAUGAGCUCAACGAUCCAGCCAGCCUCCAGUUCCAGGCACUCAGCAGACAUCUAGCUGAAAAGAUUGAAGAGGCUCUUGAUAUGCUGCCUGGAUUUAAGAGUGUGUCUGUAUUGGACUUUAGACCUCAAAAGGACACCCAAGGUAUGGAUGGUAUCAUCGUGGACUAUGCGGUCACAGUGCUGGUGAAUGGAGAUGGAGUGAGCGCUGAACAGCUGAACUACCUGACCCAGCAGUCCAAUCAGGUGGAGAGCUUGUACCACAAAACCGAGGAGCUCUCCACGGUGGUGUACAGCCAGAACAAGAACGACCAGCAGAGUGAGUCAGAAAUUCCUGCAGACAGACCCAAGGUCAGUGCCGUCGAUGACCUGCCAGAGGUCUUAACCUUGCAGGAAGAAGGCCUGCCUGAAGUCUCAGAAACCAACACUGUGGCCACAAUGGAAAAGGACGUUGCUGUCCAGGAGGAAAGGGAAGUGCCUCCUGCUGUUGGGCUUGUCACCACGCCGCCUGAAACUAGCAAAGUUGGGGAGGAGAGUCUGGUGUUAGAAGAAACUGUACAGACUCCAGAGACCUCACAUUCAGGGGUGGUCCUGCCUGAAGCAGCGUCCCCAGCACUGACGGAGAGUUCCACACUUCUAGAACCCCCAGAGGCCUCUGGUACAGGUCUGAAAGAUCCGGCACCUGCAGAGAAUGUGCAAGUGUCAAGGACAGAAGAAAGCAGCAUCUGUACAUAUAACUGCACCAAAACAGAGCAAGUUGAUGCUACUGCUGAGGAGGUGCAACAUCCUCCUGCAGGUGAUGAGGAUCGGGAUCUGGGUGAAGUUUUGGUAAAUCAAGUUUCAGAAGAUUUGGGCGUCCCUACAACUCUGCUUCCUGAAUCUGCUGAACCUGUGGAGACCCCAGAAGAACCUCCACAUACAGAUGUGAUGCCUGCAAAUGAGGUAGUUACCCACAUCCCUGAAGAAAAUGAAUCUGUGUCGGUCCAUCUAGAACCGCCUACAUUUGAAGAAGUAAACCUGGAUGAGACGAUAAUCAGAGAGGAAGGGAACGUGAUGGAGGACAUGUUCUCUGAGGCCCCAACUGUGGAAGAAAGGGUGGCACAAGCAACAAAGAUCUCAAAUGAAGACCUUACUGAGGACGAAAUUUUGCUGUUGGACAAAAAUAUUCCAGAGCCACCGGUGACAGAUCAUCCAGACCCUGAAAAACCAACCGUGUUGACUCCAGGGGGGGAAUCAGCCUUCACCGUUGUCUCGAUCAUUCAUCCUGAUUCUGAGGACCUGCCUGUCCCAGCUGUCACUUCAGUGGUGGAGAUCAAGACCUCUGUGGUGGGUUUGGACGACGUCACCUCUGGAGAUCACGGUGUGGUUUCCUUUGGUUAUGGUUUAACUAACCAAACAGAGGAGGGCAGCACUGGCUUUCCAUCGGGGGUGGAGCAUGCCACAGACCAGGCCAGCAUGGCCAUGCCUGUGAAUCCUGGACGAGCACUGAUGGUAUUUUUCAGCCUGAGAGUGACUAACAUGAUCUUUUCUGAAGAUCUCUUCAAUAAAAGUUCUCCCGAAUACAAGGCUUUGGAGCAACGCUUCCUCGAGCUGCUUGUACCUUAUCUUCAGUCCAACCUAAGUAACUUUGAGAACCUGGAGAUCCUGAACUUCAGGAAUGGAAGCAUUGUGGUAAACAGUCGGAUGAAAUUCGGGAAGCCUGUGGCUCGUGGCGUCACAACUACAGUUUACCUGAUCCUGGAGGACUUCUGUAACACCGCUUACCAGACCAUGAACCUGGCCAUCGACAAAUACUCGCUGGAUGUGGAGUCAGGUGAUCAAGCAGACCCCUGUAAGUUCCAGGCAUGCAACGAGUAUGCAGAGUGCAAAGUCAACCGGUGGUCAGGGGAGGCGGAGUGCGUUUGUAACGCGGGGUACUUCAGUGUGGACGGCCUGCCCUGUCAGAGUAUCUGUGAGCUGCAGACAGACUUCUGCCUCAACGAUGGCAAGUGUGACAUAAUUCCUGGUCAGGGAGCCAUCUGCAGGUGUCGUGUUGGGGAGAACUGGUGGUACAGGGGCGAACACUGUGAGGAGUACGUAUCAGAGCCCCUAGUGGUCGGAAUAGCGAUUGCCUCAGUGGCUGGCUUCCUGUUUGUGGCAUCAGGAGUCCUAUUCUUCUUGGCCAGGACGUUGCGGGAUCAGUACGACAAAGAGGAGUCGGAGGACCCCAUAAGGCGAGCAGAGAGCCUCCCAUCUUUGGAGAGGGCGACCAAGUACAACCCCAUGUAUGAGAGCGAAGCCACAACUGGCUACAGCCACUACUAUCGCCGCUACCCAGAACCUCCGGUGUACAGCAGCGCCAGCGCAGAGGCCUCCACUGACUUCAGCAGCGAGGAGAUACGACACAUUUAUGACAACAGCGAAUUGACCAAAGAGGAAAUUCAAGACAGGAUACGCAUCAUUGAACUUUAUGCUAAGGACCGCCAGUUUGCAGACUUUGUGCGGCAGCAUCAAUCUGUCCUGGAUACCUGCAGAGAGAACUCAUCGUCACAGACAUGAAAAUCUCGUGUGUACAACAAGAAACACACCUGUCCUGUCCAAACUGAGGCUUUUUUUCAGGAUGCUCCUCAAAGCCUGGACUCCUAGCUCCUAGCUGAUGGUCCUUAAAUUCUUCCACUUAACCUUCUACUGACUGUUCCUUCAGUUUUCUACGUGCCUUCUCUCAUCGGAGCUUCAGUCUAAUUUCCCACUAGGAAAAGCUGAACUGCUUUUCAUGACUUGAACUGUUAGCACAUACUUAUACCAGGUUUGUAUUGAAAUGAUAUAGAGGAAGUGUUCCUAUCUUUUAUCAGAUGUUUAUCUUCAGAAGUGGACAGGCAUAAACUGUGAAAAUAUUUAGAGUCAACGUGACUUUUGCUUGUCGAUUUUUAACAGGCUGCUUUACUGCUUUUUGUCUUUUUAUUGCUUUUAAUUUUUCAUAAAGAGGCAGAUUUUGGAAAACUGUUCUGUUUUAGACAAUGGUGCUAUCAUAGUUUAAAAAGAAAACGUAGUCACUUUAAAUUUAUCAAUAAAAAAAUCAUCUCUCUCAGUGUACAACAUUAGAAAUGACCAUCACAUGAUGCGUGCUGUUCUGGUCAUCUGAGACCAUAGUCGUGGUUUUCCUGCAGAAAACAAAAAAAGGAUAAUUUAUCUAUAUGUUUGGACAUUUCCAUGUACAAAAUGUCACAAUUUAUGCAACUCUGACUCCUAGAGGACACGGGUAAAAGGGUAAGAAAUUAUUAAAAAUGUCACUAAAUUAUGACAGCAUUUGGCUUGGUCCAAAACAGCAAGGUGAGUAAUUUUACUUGUUAGUUUUUAUACUUGUUAAACGGUAAAAAUGUAGAUAUCUCAAAAUAAAUGAACAUUAAAAAGAAGAAAAACGUCUUCAUUUAUUAAGGCCGCGACAGAAUCUCUGGUUUUUACAAGCAGGACAGAAAGCAAAAAAAACCAAAAAAAAAAACGUGUGCAGAGUGGGUGACAUUUUGGUUGUUUGGCUUUAAACUACUUUGAUUUUAUUUGGGGAUUUUGCACGUUCCUAAUGUUGUGCAGGUAACUAGUAGUUGGUUUCCUGCUUUUAUUGUGAAGGGGAAGUUGGUUUUCCAAAAGCAUCUUUAACCUCUGAGUUGUGGGCGGGACUGUUUGCGCAGAGCAAGCCUCCCUUCAUUUCCCAUCAUCCAGUAGUUUACACUCU